AUGUCUCUUUGUGGCGCAAGAGCCAACGCAAAAAUGAUGGCGGCUUACAAUGGCGGUACAUCUGCGGCAGCAGCAGGGCACCACCACCACCAUCACCACCACCUUCCACACCUCCCUCCUCCUCACCUUCACCACCACCACCACCCUCAGCACCAUCUUCAUCCCGGGUCGGCUGCUGCGGUCCACCCCGUGCAGCAGCAUACCUCCUCGGCAGCUGCGGCAGCCGCCGCCGCGGCCGCAGCUGCAGCCAUGUUAAACCCUGGGCAACAGCAGCCUUACUUCCCAUCACCGGCACCGGGUCAGGCUCCAGGACCAGCUGCAGCAGCCCCAGCUCAGGUACAAGCUGCCGCAGCUGCCACAGUUAAGGCGCACCAUCAUCAGCACUCGCAUCAUCCACAACAGCAGCUGGAUAUUGAGCCGGAUAGACCUAUUGGAUAUGGAGCCUUUGGUGUCGUCUGGUCAGUAACAGAUCCAAGAGAUGGAAAGAGAGUAGCACUCAAAAAGAUGCCCAACGUCUUCCAGAAUCUGGUCUCUUGCAAAAGGGUCUUCCGGGAAUUGAAGAUGUUGUGUUUUUUUAAACAUGAUAAUGUACUCUCUGCCCUUGACAUACUCCAACCUCCACACAUUGACUAUUUUGAAGAAAUAUAUGUUGUCACAGAACUGAUGCAGAGUGACCUGCAUAAAAUUAUCGUCUCUCCUCAACCACUCAGCUCAGAUCAUGUCAAAGUUUUUCUUUAUCAGAUUUUGCGAGGUUUGAAAUAUCUCCAUUCAGCUGGCAUUUUACAUCGAGACAUUAAGCCAGGGAAUCUCCUUGUGAACAGCAACUGUGUUCUAAAGAUUUGUGAUUUUGGAUUGGCCAGAGUGGAAGAAUUAGAUGAAUCCCGUCACAUGACUCAGGAAGUUGUUACUCAGUAUUAUCGGGCUCCAGAAAUCCUGAUGGGCAGCCGUCAUUACAGCAAUGCUAUUGACAUCUGGUCUGUCGGAUGUAUCUUUGCAGAACUACUAGGACGAAGAAUACUGUUUCAGGCACAGAGUCCCAUUCAGCAGUUGGAUUUGAUCACAGAUCUCUUGGGCACACCAUCACUGGAAGCAAUGAGGACGGCUUGUGAAGGCGCUAAGGCACACAUACUCAGGGGUCCUCAUAAACAGCCAUCUCUUCCUGUGCUUUAUACCCUGUCUAGCCAGGCUACACAUGAAGCUGUUCAUCUCCUUUGUAGGAUGUUGGUCUUUGAUCCAUCCAAAAGAAUAUCCGCUAAGGAUGCCUUAGCCCACCCCUACCUAGAUGAAGGGCGACUACGCUAUCACACAUGUAUGUGUAAAUGUUGCUUUUCCACCUCUACUGGAAGAGUUUAUACCAGUGACUUUGAGCCCGUCACCAACCCCAAAUUCGAUGACACUUUUGAGAAGAACCUCAGUUCUGUUCGACAGGUUAAAGAAAUCAUUCACCAGUUCAUUUUGGAACAGCAGAAAGGAAACAGAGUGCCUCUCUGCAUCAACCCUCAGUCUGCUGCUUUUAAGAGCUUUAUUAGUUCCACUGUCGCUCAGCCGUCUGAGAUGCCCCCGUCUCCUCUGGUGUGGGAGUGA